ACUCGCUGGAUAUCCGCGGUGGGGCCUGUCAGGCAGCGCGCCACAGCGGAGGCAGCGGUGGUGUCGUUGAGGGACGCUCUUUUUCCCCUUCUGGCGAGAGUGCCGCCCGGACAGGCGGAAGAUGUCCGCGCCCUAUUGCAGUCGCGCGUCGAUGUUUAUGUCCUGAUAACCUGCAAGUGAAGUACGCGUGCGUGCAAGUGGCCUGCACAGACACCGGACCAUGGCUGACGCACUUUGGCGUGAUUGCGCGAACUGGCUGAUUCGCUGCCAAGCGCUGCCGUCCGACCACCGUGUCACUUGGGCGAACGCACAACUGAUCGACUUGGCCAACACGCUGCGGGACGGUGUGCUCUUGUGCCAGCUCCUCAACAAACUUCAGCCGGGAUGUGUGGACUUGAAAGAGAUGAGUCUGCGGCCGCAGAUGUCGCAGUUCCUCUGCCUGAAAAACAUCAGGACGUUUCUGCAGACCUGCAAGAAUGUCUUCAACCUCAGCAACAGCGACCUUUUCGAGCCCAACAUGCUGUUCGAGUAUGGGGACUUCAGAAAGGUACUACACACGCUGGCGGUACUCUCGAGGUCACCAAAGGCUGAAGAGUCCGGUGUCAGGGGCUUUUCGGACAAAUCAUCAACGUCGCACGACUAUUACAAUGACGAGGCAUUCAAUCUUGAGGAUGCUGUCAACCACAAUGAUGACACUAUGGUGGUCUUCGAUUUUCCCGUAACACCUCGUCGAACACGUGAAGAAGACGUUUACGAAGACUUGUGCUACGUCACCUUACGGGUGAAUGAGGUUCCUGCAGCUGCUCCCACUGCACCUUUGGAAAAGAGAGACUACUGUAUCAAAGAGCUCAUAGAAACUGAAAAGAACUAUAUUGAAGCCCUCAAUAUGAUUACUCGCGAUUUUAUGCGCCCUUUGAAAGAUGUCCUGACACCUGAAGAAAAUGAGAUUAUAUUCAAGCACAUCAAGGAACUUGCAGAAACACAUACAGGCUUCCAUGCAGACCUGCAUAAAGCUUGCGUAUCAUCUCAGCACCUCAAAAUCAGUGAUUGCUUUCUUCGUUGGAAGGAUAAGUUUAUUGUCUAUGGCGACUACUGCUCCAAUCUGCCUAAGGCUCAAGAACAAAUUGAUGAGCUUUGCUCCAAGAAACAGCUGGUCAACCAAUGUGUCUUGAAUUGCCAGCAAAAAGCAAACGAUGGAAAAUUUAAACUACGUGACCUGCUUUCUGUUCCUAUGCAGAGGGUUCUAAAAUAUCACUUACUGUUGAAGGAGCUUAUGAAGAACACUGCUGAAGGGCAUGAAGACUAUCAUGGUUUGGAGAAAGCUCUGCAAUCUAUGCUCGAUUUGGCUCAUUAUAUUAAUGAGGUGAAGAGGGACAACGAGACUCUGCAAAUUAUUGCCGACAUCCAGGCUAGCAUCACUGAUGUGGACUUGCCCCAAAACAUGGAAUUGAAAGACUACGGAAGAUUAUUGAAGGAUGGAGAACUUAAAAUUAAGUCACAUGACGAUAAUAACAAAAUUAAAAAUAGAUACAUCUUCAUUUUUGACCGAAUGAUGCUAAUGUGCAAGUCUACUAAGAUCAUGGAUAAACUUUUUGGGGGAGAGCAAUACAUCUACAAGUCUUCCCUGGCUCUUUGUGACUACAGGCUGGAGAAUGCGCCAGCCAAUGCCAGAAUGGCAACUCGAUAUUACUGGUACCUGGUCCAUGUUGAGAACAGAACGGCUUACACAAUGUAUGCUAAAACAGAAGAAAUGAAGAAAAAGUGGAUUGAAGCCAUUGAAAAGGCAAUGGACAACAUUAACCCAUCAGUUGCCAAGUACACAGACCACCAGUUUAUGAUGCACACAUUCAAGGUUCCCACAUACUGUGCUGACUGCAACAAAUUGUUACCGGGAAUUUUCUUCCAAGGCUAUAAAUGUACAGUCUGCGGCCUCGGUGUCCAUAAAGUUUGUAUUGGAACUGUGCGGUCCUGCGGUGCCCCCAGCCUGCCUCCACGGCCCAGUUCCCACCUUGGUUCACAGUCCUCAACAGAUGAGCCUACAACUCCCCCACGACCACAUCCCGACCAUGGAGCCAAUGGAAUUCGGUUUUCCAUUUCUAUAGCAAAGGCCAAGCAGUCAUUCAGCAGCUCUAGCCCUGGGUACCUGUCAUUUGCUGCUGAGGACAUCAUUGAGGUUCUCAGAAAAAUCAGCAGCUCCAUUUGGGAGGGCCGCCUACAAAGGACAGCAGAAGAAGGCUUUUUUCCUGCUGCAUGUGUUGAAGAGCUGGACAAGCGGGGCUCAUAUGAGUGCCCAGCACCCUUGGGCAGGAGCUACAGCUCAGGACCACAAGGCAUGCACUCGGCACCUCCCUUGCCUCCAAGUCGCGACGGCUAUGUCAACUUGAACCUUGAAGAAUAUCCCUGGUUUGCUGGCACCAUGGAGAGGGAAGGCGCCACUGCCCUACUGGAAAAAUCACCAAGUGGCACCUUCCUUUUGCGCAUAAGUGCCAAGCAGAAUGGUGGCUAUGCUAUCAGCAUAAAUUUCGACAACCAAGUCAAGCAUAUGCGGGUCUGCUACGAUGACAACCAGUUUUACUUAUCCGAGACAAAAACGUUUCGAAGUAUAGUGGAGCUAGUUUCAUGGUACGAGACCCAUAGCCUCUCGGAGAGCUUUAAGGGACUUGACAUUUCUCUUCUCAUUCCAUUUAAAAAUGUUGUCAGCACACCAAUCACAAAUGGAACAGUGGAACACUUGGGGCAUGCAGUGGCAUUGCACAACUUUCAGCCAACAACAGAAAGCAUGCUGGGUCUGGUCAAAGGUGAUGUGGUUACGGUGCUCAGCAAAGCAGGUCAGGAAAAAGGCUGGUGGAAAGGUCAAAUUCAGGAGCGUGUUGGCUACUUCCCGUGGCAGUAUGUGCAAGAGCUCCCAGCUACCAGCACGGAAUGCUAACUCGUGUGCUUGCCACUUCAAAUUCUGCUGGAAGUUUGUGGCUGCCCGUUUAUGGUCACAGAUUGCAGAGAGCAAUAGGAUCAUGUGUGACAAGCAUCUGUGUAUUUAAAGGUAGAACAGAUACCGUGGAUUGAAGAGUGAACCUUACUUCAUUUAUGUUAUAACCAUGUGAAAUCCUGUUGUACAUUGACUAUUGCUCUGUUUGUGUGAUUACUGCUCUGUUUCUUUUUAAAUGCCUACAAAUUUCACACUGAGGGCACAAAUUGGACAUGCACUAACUUUCUUUCACGUGCUGUCUCAGUGAUGGAUGUGUAAAUGAUGAGCUCAUGCAUGCCCUUUACCUCAAUAUACUUGACAACAAGGCCGUAUUUCUUAAUUCAUUUUGUUUUGAAGUCAUUAAUGGAAGUUCAACUCAUGCUUUUCUCACAUCGACCAUACUAGUGUGUCAGGCCUAGCCAGAAGGUGUCCUGCUCGAGAGAACACCUUUCUGGGUCAUGUAAAUGUGAAUAAGCUCUCUAAUUUCCCUUCCCUCUUGAAUCACAUUAAUGAUUUGCAAAGUGUGUUGAAAUUACAUGUACAGCUUCUGCAUAUGAUGUUGCAAAUUGUCACUGGUGAUGAGGUGAGCCAGUGUGUUAAGUCUGGAAAAUUUUUUUGCUGAACUAGCACCGACACUGUAAUCUUUUGCGUAUUUUGCACUUGGAGUGUGGCUUGUAUUUUUUCUGGCUGCUGUCAUUAUCAUAAUGUAUUGUGAACAUGGCUGAUUUGUGACCAUUCUGGGUGUGCUGAGUAGGCACACUAUAAGCCAGGCACUUGGUCACUGUGAACAAUAAAGUCAUAGACAGCUUCUAAGGUUCACUGGUGGUAUGCAGCCUGCCCACAUUAUAAAAUGGCAACAAAAUCGAGUUUUUCAUCAGUAGGCCACAUUCUUUUGAAUCUCUUAUCUACUCAUGAUUUUUCGUAACCUGUUAUCCACUGUUGUGAAGAUGCCCACAACAAACAAACCUACAAAAAAAAAAGUUAUAUAGCACGAACAAGAGCAUUGAUCUUGCUCGGUGAGCAUCUGAAAUCAUGCGACCUGAUAACUAUGCUGCAAUUAUUUUCAUCACAACGAAUAUAUGAUGUCGUGAAAAAAAUGUGCUUUUUGUUACUCCCUUGUCCUCUAUUAUGAGUGGGAAAAGUUGAUGCAGGAACCUCAUUUUAGUGCUAUUGUAGUGUAUCUAUGUGUUUGAACACUCUUAACUUACUGUGUAUGUCAUUGGCCUUAUGCAGUUAUCAAGAGAUGCCAGCAAAAAAAAAAGGAUAAGAGCAUGGGAAAUAGAAAUGUAGACAGAAUAGCACCCCACACUUACACUUAAGUAAUGGCCAUUUGACAAUUACUGUAUUCACUUACUCUGUCAGCAUGAAGCCGCAUAGUUGUUCUUCAUAACAAACCUGUGCAUGGUUGCUUCAGUGAAUGGCUGUUUGAAAAAUGUUUCCUUGUCCACUGCUGUCUUGUCAACAUCCUGCUUCUUGUGCUCUCAUAUCCUUCUCAAUCUUGUUUCUAGUGUUUCUAUGCAGUCAGGUGUGAGGUUGUCCACUUCUCAUUGCUUGCUGUGGUCUUUAUGGUUGUUCAGUGCAUCCCUCCUAGUCAUGGCUGUUAGUUUUCUUUUUCUUUUUUUUUUCAUCAGCUUUUAUAUCCUUUUAUGACUCUUUUAGCUUUUUGUACGGCAAGUGCUAAUUAAUGAGUGUUACACUACUUUGCUUUAUCUUAUCCGCUUUAGAUGUUUUACUAAAACUCUCAUUCAGGUUAAUGUUGAAGUUCGAAUGGCGAUUUUAAUAUUGAAGUUUGGCUGCACCAUCUUACUAUUUGUGCUCCAUCAUGUUUCAAUAGGACUCAUUUUUGUUGAACAAAUAUAUGUCGUGUUCCGUAACAGAUAUUAAAAUUCUGCUGCGCAUAACAUGAAUGAACAAAUCUGUUGCCAAGUGUAUAAAGAGUCAUUAAUUUUUAUCAAAGUAUUUUUUCCAAACUAAAAUGGUGCACGAGGGCUCCUUACUGCGUUCCAAUGUUCGACGAAAUAAGAAAAAGGAAGUUUGCUCACCUGGCUGUUAGGUGUAGCUGACACAAUCCGUGGCUUUGGAAUUGUAUUGCGACAUUGGGAGGCAGAGUGGUGCUAUUGUUGCUCACAAGUCCAUGAUUUAAAUGAACACAGACCUAGCCAAAAAAAAAAAAAAAAGAAGUCUUCAAUGACGGGAGUUGUGUCUGUCUUCGUGGCUGUUCAUUUGCCUCGGGUGUUGCCUCUGGCCACAACUGUACAGUACCGAAAUCUUUGUUAGGCCAGUUGUCACUGGAAGGGGCUGCACGUUUCAAGUUAGAGGAGUACUGGCAUGAUUUUUUCAGCUUUUGAUUUUCUUUAAUUAAAUGAAGGUCCACAGCCUCCAAGUCUCUAUAAAAAAGCAUUGUCAGCUGCCAAAGUGCUCUAAAUAGUCUACUGUAAUAAUUGUCUCCAUUAAAAAGUUUGAAUUUCACUACCUUGGAGGUGGAAACGUCAUGAUCUACUGGCUUGCUUCAGUCUUGCGAUUGCUGCUAGCACGUGAGAGUACCAGAAGAAACAUGUGCCAGAAACAUGCAGCCAGAAAAAACAUGUGAAACACAUUUUUUUUUUAACCAACAUCAUCAUACCUAGCCAUAUUUGUGCGCGAUGUCGGCAAAUAUAUAUAUAUCUGUUUCACAACACCACAGUGCCAAUGACACCGGGUCUUGAAUUUUGAGAUCAACUUUGGUAUCAAAUCAAUAUAAAACUUGUGCUUCCCAGCCUUCAUGCUUACUGUCGCGCUUUUCAUGUGAGAAGCAUGUGCUUCUAAAACUCUGAAAAUAUGUGUCGGUACUCCUUUAACCGGAAAGCAGCAACAUUCCUCUGCACUUUCUUUUACAUCAUCUAUACAAGCCAACUCUUGCCGAGUGUGGCCACUUUCUUGUGCUGCUUCAGGCGAAUGAUGUUAUGAGUAAGCUGGUGAAAGUUGCAACUCCCCUUAGUGUAGGCACUCAUUGUGUGAUGUACCUGAUCUACUCUUUUGCUGCAGCCAUUGCCGCAGUGUGUAGCUAAGCCUGUAUUAGGCCACCGACUCCAUCAAAGGUGCUGUGCAACCAGCCCUUCUUUCGGGUGUCGUGCAGCGCCUGUACGAUUGCUGUUUCGCACUCCAGAGGGAUCACAUUUAGCUUGCCUGCCGCAAGUGUACCUGCUCUACUUCUUCACUACUGGCUUGACCUUUCUUUUCAAAGGGUGAACAUUACAGUAACCCUUUCUUGACCUUGCACCUAUCUUGCACGACCAUUUUGUAGUGCGUAUUGCAGAUAUUCUUGUGCACCUGUCGGAGGUUUGCAGUUUUAUUCCUGUGUGUAGGCCUGCCGAAAGGCUCGCAAGGAAAUUUUCAUUCAGUGUAACAUGUUUGAGAUAGUGUGUGAAACAUCCUUUCCCUGUUCCAUCUGUAUAAAGCUUACAGCUGUCAAAACUCAACCUGCGCAUGCCUCUGGCAUGCUGGUUGCAUUUUUGUGCUGUAUAAGGUACGUCCGAACAGUGUUUAAUCGCACAUAUUAGAGAUCACCCCUGUAUACCUGACCUUCAUUCUCGAGGUGCCAUUGGCAUUGACAAUACACUUCUUUUGUAUAUAUGCCCACAUAGAUGUUUAGCUAUUGUGUUGUGACAACUCUUUUGUGCUAGAGAAACAUAUUCACUGAAGCAUGCUUAAGCAAAAAAAAAAGUUACCGGUGAUGUCAGAUUCUCUGCAUAAGCAUAAAAAAAGAGCUGGGGGCCUGAUAUUCCACUAGGGAAUGUUGGUUACCGUUUUAAAUGCGAAGCAUUUCUUAGCAAACUUCUGCGACUUAGAGCGUAUCUAUCUAUCUAUCUAGCCGCCUACGACUUUGUGCUCUCCUGGCCGUUUCGUUAAUUGGAUGUAUACCAAAAUUGGUAUGGCAUAACAUGACCUUAUUACAAACAUAAAUGACAGGCCAUAACAUGAAAAUCAUGACAUGCGUGUCAGUACAGCAUGAUUUACAUUCCACGGCCUUGGGGCUCUUGCGGUCGUUCCGUUAAUUUCAUAUAUACCAAAAUUGGUAUGGCGUGACGAGUUCAUGACGAAUAUAAUGACAGGUCCUAACAUGCAAAUCAUGAGACGCAUGUCAUGUGCAGCAUGAUUUACAUGACAUGAUCUCGGGACGCUCGCGGCCAUUUAAAUGAAUGGAUAUUAUACGAAAACUGGUAUGACGAGACAUUUCUCUAUGAGGAACAUAACUGACACUUGGUAACAUGAAAAUCAUGACAUGCAUGUCGUAUGCCAUGGUUUACAUGCCACGCAUGUUGCACUCUCGGCCGUUUCGCUAAAUUGAUAUACACUAAAGUUGGUAUUGUGCGAUGUGACUGUAUGAAGAACAUGAAUAACAGGUGGUAGCAUGAAAACCAUGACAUGCAUGUCAUGAUUUACAUGCCACGCUCAUGGUGCAUUCGCGGCCGUUUCGCUUGCUGGAUAUACACCAAAAUUGGUAUUGCGUGACACGACUAUGACGAACCUAAAUGAGAGGUGGUAACAUUAAAAUCAUGACAUGCAAGUCUUGUACGACAUGAUCUACAUGCCACGCUCAUGAUGCAUUCGCGGCCGCUUCGCUAGCUUGAUUACACCAGAAUUGGUAUUGCAUUGCGCGACUGUAUGACGAACGUAAAUGAGAGGUGGUAACAUGAAAAUCAUAACAUGCAAGUCAUGUACGACAUGAUUUACAUGCCACGCUCAUGGUGCAUUCGCGGCCGUUUCGCUAUCUUGAUAAACACCAAAAUUGCUGUUGCGCAACGCGACUGUAUGAUGAACAUGAAUAACAGAUGGUAACAUGAAAAACACGACAUGCAUGUUAUGUAUGUCAUGAUUUACAUGCCACACUCAUGGUACAUUUGUGGCCGUUUCGCUAGCUUGACAUACACCAAAAUUAGUAUUGCGCGAUGUGACUGUAUGACAAACAUAAGUGACAGGUGGCAACAUGAAAGCUAUGAUAUGCAUGUCAUGUAUGGCAUGAUUUGCAUGCCACACUCAUGGUGCACUCGUGGCCAUUUCGCUCGUUCGAUAUACACCAAAAUUGGUAUUGCACGAUGUGACUGCAUGACGAACAUAAAUGACAUGUCUUAACACGCGAAUCAUGUUAUGCAUGUCAUGUACGGUAUUAUGAUUUACAUGACACUGUCAUGGUGCGCUUCCGGGCGUUUUGUUAACUGGAUAUAUACCAAAAUUGGUAUGGCAUGACACGAGUGCGUAAUGAACAUAAAUGACAGGUCAUGCAUUGUAUAUACCCGAAUUACGUUUCAUUGGCAUGGUAUAUACCAGAUUGUGCAUGCAUGCGUGCAUGGAAAACAUGCGAUAUAUGGUGAACUAGAUGCCAUGGCAUGAAUGAUUUCAUUUGGCUCCAAGACAAACAAGGCAAUGUAUGCAGCUCUUUGCUGGCUGCUUUGCAUUACAUCGAUUCCCACAGUGCAUGGGAUCUGUUGGAUUUUUUUUUUUUGUCUUAUUUUCUUGGCACAAUUUCCUGGAAUGAAUACCAUGUUGUGCAAGGACAUGCCAACAUACUGCACUCUUGUGUAGCCUUGCCUGUAAUCUUGCCUGAUGUUAGAUGCAUGCUAUGUUAUAUGCUCUUUUAGAUGGUUUAAGUGCUCAUAGGUCUGUUAUUUUAUCUUCAAAGGCUACUCUUGUUUUACCUUUUUUACAGGUACUUUUUUCAGUAGUGACAGUAUAGUGUGAUCACAGAGUGAACAAAUCACUGUUACAGGUAUGAAAAAGCACAUUUAUCACAUAUUAAAUCUCUUUUAGCAUUUAGCCCGAAUCAAAAAAUAUUCAGGCAAAUAGAGCAAUGUGUCAUUUCUUCUAGACCCAAACAUAAUAUAAUAAUCUGUAACAGCUGAUCGUAAGUGAGACAACACAGACCCACCUAGUUUUUUUAACAACGCUCUUAGAUUUGUGGUUAAAGCAGCACUGACAUGGCAAUUGUUGUUAAAUGAAGGUUUUAGAGCUUGAAACCCCAGAAAAGGUACAGGCAACCUCAAAAUAUCCUACAUAAUUUAUGGUAGUAAUAACCUUCUAAGAACCAGUUUCGUUUUGCCAAGAGGUGUAUGUGUUCUGACAAAGACGCACAGGGUGGUCACGUUGGAGCAGGACAUUGCUACAUUUUGUGGCUCAUUUUGGCUCGCUCUGUUGUCUACUGUGCUGCUACUUAUUGUGUGGUGCAAUACAGCAGCAUAACAGACCACCAUCAAGCCAGUGUGAGUGUCACAAUGUCUGUGUCUUGCUACCAUGUGACCACCUACAUCUGUCACAACACAUACACCUCCAGGGAAAACAAAACUGGCUCAUAAAAUGUUGUUACACUAUGGUAAAUUAUGUAAGUUACUUUGAGGUUUGGCUGUGUCGUUUCUGAAUUUUCAAAAUUCAGGGCUGUCAAUUUUUUUUAAUUAAAAUUAGAAAACGUCAUGUCAUCACAAUGAAAUCAUUUUUACUGGAACUGCUGCACAGCUUAAAUAACCUUUGAAAAACUGAUUGAGGCGUCUCAAUCAUUCUAAUGUAUGAGGGACAUCAUUCAUAUGCUCUAACCAAGAGCCGUCCAGGAGAUUCAUAUUUUUUCUAGCCUUUCAGGUGAUGUAUGUGCCAAAUGCGUGAUGUGGAUUACUGUGCCAACAUAUAUUACAGUGUGCAUGUGUGUAUACAGAGCUAUUAUAGGGACAAGAGGGGCACAUCUCAUUAGCAUGAGCCGAUGUAUGCUUUGUUUGUGCCUGUUUCAGUGCCGUUUGCCAGUUCUGUUAUUCAGCACUUGCACUGAGUAAGGCUAAAGUCAGAAGGCUCACACAAUGUGUGUAUUCUUCGUUAAACACAGGUGUCAUAAGAGCAUUUUGAUCUAUGUAUAAAGCAGAUAAGUUAGAUAUCUAUAUUGAUUUUGUACUAUAAUGCUCCCAAAUCAAUGCUGAACAUGUAGAUACUGAUCGCUAUGUUAUUUGUUUUGAGCUUGUUUUGGCAACCUGAAUUUAUCCCAAUGAAAUAUUGCCAUUGUCAAUUCACAUUUUAUUGUUGUAUUGUUUUUGUUAAGGUAAUAAAAUAUUUUUUUUCUA